AUGGUUAAUCCUGGCAUGGCGCAGCUGGUGCAGGUGGUUUGCUCAGUCGCCGCUACCAAGACCUUGAAGCACAUCCAGCUGGUGGCGCUGUCAGGUCAAUCAAGGGAAAAUGUGGAAUUUGCUCACCAUCUGUCAAGAAGCUGCUGCUGUGAGACAAACUUCCUGUUCCCCAUCACCUUCGCAUAUAAUGCAUCGUCACCCCCAUACACGGAAUCUGGAGCCACGCACUGCGAUCUUUGGACCUCAGACUCUCUCUUCGUCGCCAUUCUGAAGACACCUGACGACGCCAAGCUCGUCAACAUCUACCUCAAAACUCCAACAACCAAAUUAUCUUGGAUUUUCUUCGUCGACUCACAAGUUUUCCCAGCCAUGAUGUAUCAAUUUCAAGAAGCAAUUGACAACAAGGUUAUUUUCAUUAAGGUAAACGGAAGUGGUCUGUCAGCUUGGGAUGCGUACCGAGCUAGUGCCGCGGUACCGGCAGUGUACCAGUACCUGACUGCCGUGUCGGUACCUCCUCUUCGGCAGCAGCUGGACGUGUUGAGACGGGAGCCCUGGUCCAGGCGUACCAACCUAACCGGGCUCGUCGUACGGUGCAGUGUUCUCGAUUAUGAGCCGUACUCGGUGUUGGAGGAGCGAGCUGACGGUACAGUCGCCAUUACUGGCCUGGUCGGUGACAUCCUCGUCAUCCUUGAAGGAGCUCUACGUGUGAAAUUCGAGUGCAGGAAGCCACGUGACAACAAAUGGGGCUCAACGAUGACCCUGGGAGGGGACUGGGAGGGCGUCUUGGGAGACGUGUACCAUAACAGAGCUGAUCUCGCCUUGCCCUUCUUUUACCCUAAUGUUGAUCGCGCCAAAGCAUUCGACAUUUCUUAUCCUUUUGGGGAAGACUGGUUCGUCUUGGUAAUGCGGAGGCCCGGAGCUCUAGACGGUUCCGGCAACUACACCCGCGAGUUGUCGACGACGACUUGGCUGGCGGUGGCCAUCCUCUUCGGUGUGUCUGUCGUCACGCUCAACAUACUACAGAAACUUACUGCAAGCUCUCCCGAGCACUCCUGGGGGAAGAACUUAUUCGUAAAUUUCAGAGCAUUUUGCAACAUGGGUUGGGACUACGUGGAACCUCAACUGGCGUCCUUCAGGACGUGGGUGCUGACGCUGCUGCUGACGGUGAUGGUGCUGCACGUGUCCUACACAUCAUCACUGCUCACCAUGCUGACCAGCAACACCAUCGUCCUGCCAUUCACUGAUCUCCAGGGCCUCUACAAAGCAAGGAACGACUACACCCUCGGAUUUGAACCUGAAUCCAUUCUAUUCGGACUUUUCAGUAGAGCUAACUCAGGAAUUUAUAAGGACAUACAGGACAACAUGGUGUCUCGUCAUCCAGAGUUUCUGGAGGAAAUUUCGGCUGGACUCAAACGAGUGGCCAACAACCCAAAACACGUUUUCCUUAUGCCCAUAUUAUUGGUACCUAAAAAGGAUUGCGCGCUUUUCCCGUUACCGAGUAAGGAAUACGUCGUCCAAACGUCGAUUCUCAUCCAGAAGGACUCGCCUGUCACGCCGUACAUUAACAACAUGCUCAAGAAAAUGCACGAACAAGGCUUGCUCCAACGCUUUCUUCGUAAGUGGGCGCUGCAGGAGGCUUCGACCAUGAAGUACUGCAGCGACUUGCCUACCGAACCUUUGGGACUUGAACAAACCUACACCGCCUUCCUGAUGCUCCUCAUGGGCGCCGCAACUUCUGUCGUCCUGCUAUUUCUAGAAAUUAUAUGCAGAAAAUUCCUGCAGUAUUUACCUUUGGCAUUUAGUACUACAUUACCACAUUAA